GGUUGUGUCCUUUUACAAGUUGUGUCUCCUUGUCAUAUCGGUUCUCACAUGGUUCCAUUUAAAUAACUGUUCAGGGCCUAAAGAGGUAAAACUCCAGUAUUUCACAAAACACAUCAAAGAUCAGAGAACAGUCUGAAAAAUUAAUUUAAAUUUGUGUAUCAGAACUUUGUAAUUAAUCAUCUUACGACCCUUCAGGUUUAUCUGGUGACACUGUCGUUAAAACUGGCUCCUUAUUUCUUCAUAUACUGUUGGUUAGAUUAUAUCUAUAAAAAUGCAUCAUAUUUUAUAAAUUCAUCCUAAUAUCUGGAUGAAAAAUCUUAAUACCCAGAUUAAUUUAACUAAUAGCCAUGACAAGUAGUGACGUAUGAAGAAGCAUACAAGCAAACACAAGUAGCCUACAAGUACCUCAAAACAUGUAUUUAAAUGACAUACUUUCACGUUGAAAUUUCAUUUUGUAUUAUAUAUGUAUGGGUUUUAUUCAUCUUGACACCUAAACACUCAACCUUGACAGAAAAAAAUGUGAUAAGUGUGCAAAUGACAAAGGUUAAAAGCGGAAUCUGGCAGAUUUGGGAUCUUGAAGUUUGCAAAUAAUCAAUCUCUUUGUAAAAUGAAGCAAUUAGUGGGACUUGACCUGGUCCUCACAUCCACCUCAAACUCACCAAAGGCUAAUGUAUGUUUGUUGGUGCAGUUUUCAGUGUGUGAGAAGUGAAAAAAGUGUGUGUUACAGAGAGAAAGAGAGAGAGAGAGAGAGAGAGAGAGAGAGAGAGAGGAGGGGAGGCGUGUCCCAGCCGUUACAGCACCCUCCUGUUUUGUCCCGCACGCAGCAGAGCAGUCUGUCCUGACACAAGGACGCACCUCUCCUCCUCUCCUCCUCCUCCUCUCCUCCUCCUCUCCUCUCCGGAGCCGUGCUGAGAUCAAUCUGCCGGGGAGAGAGGGAUGAGGUCCCGUCCAGAGAAGACGGCAGUCAGCCCGGAAAGCGAACACUGGAAAAAUAUGAAUGGAUGUAAUUUGUUUAAAGACAACUGUGUCAGUCCUUCAGCGGUCGACAAGGUUACAUGUUGGGACUUCUGAACGCAGUUAAAGUGGGAGCUGAUAAGCAGCGACGGGAGUGUAGACGUUAACGUUAUGUUUUGGAUUUGUUUGUUUUUCUUCAACUGAUUUCAAAUCUUUACAUCUUUCACUACAAAUGGAAUCAGACAUCUAAAGAUUAAUUUCGUCUCUUUUACCUGCUGAGUCGCCUCAGACAAACACUGAGAGGAGUCGCUGAAGCAACUUUUUCAGACUUGAACCGGAGAUGGAGCCGGAGGAAGGAAAGAUCUCGGUGUGGGUCUGUCGGGAGGAGAAACUAGUCUCCGGGCUGACGAAGCGCACCACCUGCGCCGACGUGGUCAAAGUCCUGCUGGAGGACCAGAACCUGCGGCAGGGCGCCUCUGCCGCGAUGCUGUCCGGCUCCCCUCAGUCCUACUGCGUGGUGGAGAAAUGGAGGGGCUUCGAGAGGAUUUUACCCAACAAGACCAAAAUCCUCCGGCUCUGGAGCGCCUGGGGAGACGAGCAGGAGAACGUCCGCUUCGUCCUGGUGAAGAACGAGGCUUCGCUGCCCAACAAUGGUCCACGUAGCGCCGAGGCCCGAGUGGUCCAGAGCCGGGACAGCGGAGGUCCGGGCGGGGUGCUCAAGGGCACCGCCAAGACCUGCUGGACCGCCGCGGCCGCUGCCGCCAACCUGUCCCAGGAGAAACAGAGGCGCAUAGUCAGGAAGGCAUUCAGGAAGUUGGAUAAGAUGAACAAAAAGAAAGAGCAGGCUGUUUCUAAAGAUAAGAGUUCUGUGGAGAAGAUGGAGACGCUGGUUCACCUGGUCAUUUCCCAGGACCACACGAUCCGCCAGCAGAUCCAGAGGAUCAAGGAGCUGGACCGGGAGAUCGAGCGGUACGAGGCCAAAGUGCACUUCGACCGCAUCAAGAGACACGGGGUGAACUAUGUGCAGGACACAUACAUGGUGGACUCCUCGGACGCUUCCGCUCCUUCGGACUGUAAGCGCAAAGCGGAGCGGCAGGACGCGCGGUGCACGGCGGAGGCGCUCGCGCAGUUCGAGGAGUACGCGCGCCGGUGCGAGGAAGUGGUACGGCUGCAGGAGGAGCUGACGGAGCGCGAGGCGCUCGUGGAGAGCAUCACCGGGGAGAUCCAGGAGGAGCUCAACCGGCGGUGGAUGAAGCGGCGGCGCGAAGAGAGAGGAGCGGAAGCGGCGAAGGACGCAGACAGCGUAACGGAGGAGGUGUGUCUGGCCGCGUCUGCCGCUCCAGAAGUGGAGCCAGAUGUUGAGAGUCUGUCCGACAACGAGCUCGUGCUGGAGGAGGAGAGGAUCAAAACGCAGCUGGAUACCAGUCUGUACAUCGGCCUGCGGCUGAAGACAGACCUGGACGCCAUCAGGGGGGACUUGGACCUGAGUCUGGCACUCUGGGAGACCAAGGAGAGUGAACUGCUGGAUCUACUGGCAAAAGUGGAAACCAUGGAGAUAGAGCAGGAGAACAACAAACUGACUGAUGAUGGGAAGGGAGAGCUGGGUGCAGUGAGUGCUGAGACUGAGCCUGCGUCAGCGUCAGCAGAGAAGAGCAGCGUCUGGGUGGAGAAGGCCAGAGGUCUGUCAAAGGCCUGCAGCACAAAUGACGAGGACUCAGACACGGGCCUGAGCUCCAUGCACAGCCAAGACUCUGACAACCCGCCUGUGUGUGAGUCUCUAGUAUAGACUGACUCACUGUGGAUGGAAGCAUGUUGGACUUUUAUGCAAUUCAAAGCCACAAACUCAGGGGCAGAGAAAUCAGUGUUGGCAAUACUGGGAGAUGUUCCUCCCUACCCAAAUGCACCUCAGUACGGAAACUGUAAUUCUAUAGCAAUAAUUCCUGUAUGUAGUCGUUGCACAAUAAGCUAGAAGGGACGGCAUGCUUAGAGGUUUGAUAGGCCAUGCUGCUCCAUAGCUGACCCAGACUUUUGACCUCCACGAGGUGAGUCAACAAAGUACCAUUUAGUAGGAGAAAAAGCCUAGAAGAGUAUUAAAAUAAGCCACUUAUUAUCUGUAGUCUUCAAUGAGAAACUAACUUUAAGGUAUACUUGUCCGCAGGUUUACAAAGAGUUAAUAACAGCUUGCUUUUGUCAGGAGACAGUCAGAUUUUUUGCUGAAGUGAUUGCAAGGCAAGGCUGAGUGUUGUUUCAAAGGCACUCUGAAAGUAGGCCUAAUGGCCGUAAACAGACAGGUUUCCUUUAAAAGGUCAACAUCAAGUCUGCUAUCCAUCGCUACACAGAAAGACAGGUCAGCUACAAACAUGCUAAUAAAGCUCAAACAAAUACAUAAUAAAGGUUUGAUCAAUUUACUUAAGCCACUUCAAAGUAAGAUUGGAUUUUUGUACAAAAUAAAACUGGAAUUCAGCACUGCUCAGAGUUCUGAAUUUAAUCAAUUGUUUAAAAACAGAAAACUGGAGACUUUGUGAACUGGAAUAGAAACACUGAUCCCUGUCCUGCCUGCUAAGCAGAGUUGAUAUUGUCCUCAGUAUAAAUGUAAUGUCUGUCUCUUAAGCACAAAAAAAUUCAUAUUUAUUUAAUCCAGUUUUAGAGCUGGAUGGAAGAUCAGCUACUGUACUUUGUCCUGUACUUGGUCAACACAGGUUGGAUUUGAACAUGAAACAUGGUUCCUGGUUCUCUUUGUCAUCGCAGCUCUUUUGUGACAGUUUCAUGGCUGUUUAAAGCAAUGGUUCCCAACAUUUUUGGCUCAUGACCCUUUAAAAUAAGACAAAGUUAACUCACAACCCAUCAAACUCAUCAAAGGUUACAUAUUUCUAUGAGCUGUGAGCAUUACAAGGAAGCAAAGAGUGAUUUUCUUCUGCUCUGAUUGUUUGAUUUGAGUACUUAAAACUAUCCAGUAUUUGAUGAAAAAAAAAGAAUCAAAGAUAGAUUUUUUUAUAGAACAGCAAAAUAACAACAACCCUAUAUUGUUUAAAACAGGGAAAGAGUUGAUUCAUGGUAGUAUCUUCAUGAUGAAACAGCUGUAGAAAAAUCAGGUCAGAGCCAAAACAACAGAAUUUUUGGCUCUUAUUUAAAGGGGUACUCCACUGAUUUAGUAUUGCACAUUCAUAAAGUUGGGGGAAUCAAGAGACUAAAAAGAGAAUUAAAAAUAGAAUAGUUGAAACUCAACUUUCAGUCCCUAGUAUGGAUCAAACUCCAAAAACACUACAGCCUACAUUUCCCAUAAUGCAACUGGAUAGAAUUUGACUCCCCUGCCUCUUAAAUGCCCACCUCUUUCAAACCCCACACCUUCAGUUUGUAACACUAGCUUUCUCUUGAAAAUAUCAAAGCCAGAGCUUUAGAUAAACAUUACCCUGAUGACAUCAUCAGGGUUAUUUUUGGUGUGCUCCCUCCAGAAGACAUAAUACAACUGUUUUCACAAGCUGAUUAGUAUUUCUCAUGAAGAAUAAACUGAACUUCAUUUGAAGAAUUGUUGUUCAGUGACUCUUAAAUCUGGGAUUUGAUAAUUGUUGUGGCUGUUGGCUUGUUUCUCUGAGAAGCAUCUUACUCAGCCAAAAUCAAUGUGGACAGACAAGAAAAGUCUCAUGUUUAUAUCAUAGCUCAAGCUAAGGAAUUAUUUCCUCAUAUCUCGGAUGGCACAAGUAAUAAUGAGUAAACAAACAAGAGACCACACAUUAGAUAUCUACUGAGUAGAAGUCAAUAGUUCAGGAUAUACUGUAUGUUUAUUGUCUAAUCAACACAUGUAUACUAACAUCCUAUGGAAAGAUCAAACCUGAAAUUUACAUUAGAAGUCGUGUUUUUGGCGUCCUUGGCUUUCCAUACGUAACUGACUUGAUAAUACAGUGACUCUCAUUUCCAGUGUUGAAGAAAUUUGUUUCACUUAUUUAGAGGUAUGUCCUUCUAUCUAGGUCUUUAAAAUGUUGCCAGUUCUUUACUCUUGAGUCCAUCUGUGAGUACAAACACCUGUAACAUUAGAUUCGAAGAUGCUUUUGAGAGAAACGGCCCCAUUCAGUAAUCCCACAGUCCCUGCUGUACACUGUGACAUUAAGGGGAAGUAUUUUAAGCCUCUGUUCACUUUUCACAUCCUAGAAAUAGUUGCUGCAAAGCACUAUUAGCUGUGCUCUCUGCACACUUGCCCAGCAACUGCAUAGACAACAGAAAAUAAAACAGGAGCUAGUAGAAUACAUUAUUUCCAGAUCAUCCUUUAACUAAAUCACUCAUUCUGUAUUUUUGUCAGGCUGUUGUGAUGUCAAAUCAUACAUGUUUGACUUUGUCCAACUAAAAUGGUGAGAAGUAAUAACUCUGUAACACCUAGAAGAGACUGAUGAUACUGUUUCUGUGGAGUUAGCUGUUAACUGUAACCAAAUACCAAAAUUACCUGUGUGUAGCUAAUUUAUGUCACUUGAUCAGGGACAGUUUGGACGUCUCGGUCCACGACAUUUAGCAAGCAUUCUCUGGAUAGAUGGCUCUAGAUCAGCAACUCUGAGGCUUAAUGUACACUCAGAUGCACUGUGGCUGCAUCGUAACGCCAGUCUGCACAUUAUUACACGACUGUUAGUGUUGAAAUAAACAGCAAAACCUAUUUGGCUUGUAGUGUGACUUUAUUCAGUGUGAUUGACUGAGAACAUUG